CACCGGACCCCAGGUUCACCAACACCGGACCCCAGGUUCACCAACACCGGACCCCAGGUUCACCAACACCGGACCCCAGUGCCGAUGGUAGUGCCUUCCAUUCAUGGAGUCCUGCAGGAUUCCUCAUCGUGUCUUGCUUUUAUUCAUCCUAAUGUUCAUCACAGUGCAUGUAUCAGCUGAAACUAUUGUACGAGGACAGUUUAAUCAGUCUGUUGUUCUACCCUGUACAUGGAGCUGUUCUGGUUUGGCCAAAUGGACGCCCUUCAGUUUUUCAACAGACAUACUGGCUGAGUGUGAUCAAACAUCCUGUCAGUCAUGGGAGGAAGGAUUUAACAUGUCCCAUGAUCAGUAUCUGAAGGGAGAUCUCAACCUCACCAUCACUGCAGCUGAUCACAGUAAGAGGGAUUUAUACACCUGUCACUGUGAUGACAUGGACAUUGGUGAUGUGCGUCUCACCAUUGAGACUGUGACAUCAUCAGGUCAGAUGAACCCUGGUGAAGACCUGCUGCUGGAAUUGUAUGCAUUUGAUUCCCUGGAGGUGAUCUAUAAGAAUAAAGAUUCAGCAGAUGGUAAACAGAUCUGCACAGUGUAUAAAAGCUCAGUGCACUGUAAUGUUGAGUACAGACAGAGAAUAUCACUCGCUAACAUGGUUCUUAAACUGAGAGGAGUAAAGCCGAGCGAUGAAGGAGUUUACACCAUCCAUGAAAAGGAUACUGAUGAAGAUCUUUAUGUUUACACAUUAUCAGUGACGGAUACAGAUGCGAACAGUGUGCAGAAGCGUGCUCUACCAAAGUGGGUGAGCAUCUUGAUUGUGGUGGUGUUGCUGGUGGUGCUGCUGUUUGGUGCACUGCUUGGAAUAAUUCUCCACCAGAGGAAACAAAUUAAAUAUUACCAAGGGGCACUUGUGCUCAGUGAUGAAACGGAUGUGGAGAUGAGCCAGUUAACCAUGAAUGAAUGAAUGAAUGAAGAGCAGAGUGGUGCAUCUGAGACAACGCUGGAAAAGACACAUCACACAAAGAGAAACCGAAAUCUCCAGGGGCCUCAUUUAUAAAAAAGUGUGUGCACAGCCUGUCAUGCAGAAACUGGGAUUUGUAAGGAAACAAAACAUGAAAUUGGGUAUUAGUUUUAAGGAAGCCUUGACCCAUGUGCAGACAAUUUGUAAAUGAUGGAAUUAAACACUAUGUGGAUAUGUAAAGGAUUGCAGCUAAAUGUGCAAAUUACCACAACAAUAAUAUCCAGUCAUAAUAACUGUAAAGACUACUGGGACACGAGAAGCACUGACGCAUUAGAGUUCUCUUGAACUGACAUUACCCCGAUCAAUUAUUUGCAGUUUGUUUAUUCGGGUUGGCAUUUCGGCAGUGUGUAAAUGAGCGUGUGUAUGUAUAUACACCUGCAAUGGCUUGCUUAUUGCCUCGUGCCAUAAGUUUCCUAGGAUAGGCUUCAGGCUCCCUGUCAAGUAGGCUUUUAUUGUCACUGUAAAACGAAACUAGCUAACUAAUUAGCCUAAUUAGCUGUAACCCAGUAUAUAAGAUAAAGCGGUAUAAAUGAUUUUACACAUUAACAGAUCUAUUAAUUGGUUACAGAAUGACUGCUAAGGUUGUUGUUCCAGAACUCAAAUGGAAGAGAGGAGAGACUUUGCAAUGACACUCUCUCUGAAACACAUUUAGCCCCUACCGAUGGCCUGACUAAUGGGCGAUGGCACCGUCUGAAGACUGUUACAGGUGGGAGACUGUUGCAGAAUACAAACUGCUACAGGUUGGUGGACUUUAGAAUGGAGACUGCUAUAGAUGUCUGCAUACAGGUGUGCAUAUGCACAGUUUUACAAAAAUCUGAUUUUAAUUUUGUGUGCACAAUGCACACUUUAUCCCUGGAUGUUUUAUCGAAAGUAUAUUGAAAGUUUUAUUAAUGAGGUUCCAAAUCGUGUUAAUGUUUUCUUUACAACAACAAUUGAAUUUCUAAUCUUUAAUUUCUUUUUAUUGCCAUAAUAGCGAUGCUAUUUUCUGCAUUGUGCCAUUGUUUGUGCUCUGACUUUGUCCAGAUGUGCUCAGGUUUGUGAACCCUGCAAGCUCAUGUUUUUUCUACCUGUCUGUUGUGGUUCCUGUUCCUGUGAGCUGCCUCAUGUCAACUUUCUCACUAACUGGGACUGUGUGUGUCUUUAUAUACCCGUGUGUUUACUGGCUAAUUGAUGUUACUGCAGGGUUUUUAUUCCUUUAAACUGGGGUGACUAUAGCUGUCCACUAUGCAAUGGUGCUUCAUAACUCGGGUUCACUGCUGCAUCUUCCGAGUCGUCUUAGAUUUUUUAAUAUGAGAAUACUGUUGCUUGUUUACUUUUAUUCAACUCUUUUUAUAUUUACAUCACUUCUUUACAUAAUACCUAACCAUCUGUGACACUGCUAUUAAUUCCUAUUAAAUUUUUUUUUGUAUAGCGCUUUUAACAAUUGUCAUUGUCGCAAAGCAGCUUUACACAAUCAAAAGAAUUAUUUAAGUCUGUAUGGAAUGUAAGUGUGCAUGGCUCAAGAUGAGCAGAUUGUCCCUGGUGAGCAAGCCGCGGGCGACAGUGGCAAGGAAAACCUCCCUGAUAUGGUAAAAGGAAGAAACCACGAGAGGAAACAGACUAAACAGGGAACCCAUCCUCAUCUGGGUGAAACAGAAAGCAGAAAAUGAUCUGCAUUCAUACUGUGUGUUAGAUGGCAGGCAGUUCAGCUAUAACAGUUUAACAGUUGUUAAUUGAUGUAAAUAUGGAGUCGAGGUAGUUAUUGGAGACAAUUUAAAUCUUGAACUAUCGAGCAACCGCAGCCAAGUCAAGUCCUUAGAGUAACAGCUGUCAACAAAAGAACCAUCUUUAUGGUAAAGUGAAACCUUCCCCAGACACCAGGCGCAUUCCAAAGAGACACAUGGGGCAUUCAUGCGAUGAGAUCUCCAACCAGAAGCGGGGCACCAGGAUGGGUCGGACAGGUCUGGAGGGCAGAGGAAGUCUGGAUCACUGGCAGCUCAGGAACGACAUGUUUAGCUCGACAGAGAGAGGGAAGAGAGAGAGGGGGAGAUGGGGAAGAGAGAACAGAAGAGGGGAGAGCAGAGGAAAGAGGAGAGAUAAGUUAGGUAUGAUCGCAGUCACAUAAUGUAUAAUGAAACAGAAGGAAACACAGACAUAAGAGCGCCCUGAGAUGUAAAGCAAACUAUCACCUCACCGUCAACAAACCUGAGUGAUCAAUGAGAGUGGGGAAGACAGCAUCUAAACAUACCAGUUCACCAUAAUACUCUACGUCCAUGAGUUCCCCAGAUCUGCCCCUUUACCCAAGACAAAUCUUUUUAUAAAAAUGCUUGAUUAAAUAAAUAGGCUUUUAGCCUGUACUUAAACACUGAGACUGUGUCUGAGUCCCGAUCAUUAUUUGGAAGACUAUUCCAUAAUUUUGGGGCUUUGUAAGAAAAAGGUCUGCCCCCAGCUGUAGUUUUCAUAAUACACGGUACUGACAAGUAGCCUCCAUCCUUUGAUCAAAGUAGCCGUGGCAGAUCGUAAGACACUAGCAGUUCGCUCAGAUACUGCGGCGCGAGACCAUUUAAAGCUUUAUAUGACAAGAGUAGUAUUUUAAAAUCAAUGUGAAAUUUCACGGGGAGCCAAUGAAGUGAAGAUAAGGUACGUGUGAUGUGCUCGUAUCUUCUGGUUCUAGUGAGGACUCUCGCUGCUGCAUUCUGGACUAGCUGAAGCUUGUUUAUGCAUCUAGUUAAACAACCAGACAGUAAGGCAUUACAAUAGUCCAACCUAGAGGUGAUAAAAGCAUGAACUAGUUUUUCUGCAUUGUUUAGCGACAGUAUAUUUCUUAUCUUAGCAAUAUUUUUAAGGUGAAAGAAUGCUAUCUUGGUAAUAUUAUUGACAUGUGCUUCAAAUGAAAGGCUGGAAUUCAUAAUCACACCAAGGUCUUUUACUGUUGCACUCGAUGGAACAGAAUGGCCAUCUAAAGUUACAGUGUGAUCUAAAAUCUAACUUCUAGCUGUAUGCGGUCCUAUGACUAGAACAUCUGUCUUAUCAGGAUUAAGCAGAAGGAAGUUAAUUAGCAUCCAAUCUUUUAUGUCCUGCACACAUUGCUCAACUUUAGUAAGCUGGUUUUUCUCAUCUGGUUUUGCUGAGACAUAUAACUGUGUGUCAUCAGCAUAACAUUGAAAACUAAUACCAUGUAUACGGAUUAUGUUGCCAAGAGGAAGAAUGUAUAGGGGAAAAAAAGCAGUCGGCCUAAAACCGAACCUUGUGGAACAUCAAACUCUACUAGAGAACAUGCAGAAUAAUCACGAUUUAAAUCUACAUACUGAAACCGAUCAGUCAAAUAGGAUCUGAGCCAGGAGAGGGCUGUACCCUUAAUUCCUACUACAUUUUCUAAUCUGUGAAGAAGAAUCGCAUGAUCAAUGGUGUCAAACGCUGCACGGGUAAAACAAGCAUAGUUACACAACCCUGAUCAGAGGCCAAUAGAAGGUCAUUAACUACUUUAACGAGUGCUGUUUCUGUGCUUUGAUGAGGCCUAAAUCCUGACUGAUACAGUUUAUCUAUGCUAUUUCUGUGUAGAUAUGAGCAUAGCUGCUCCGCUACUAUCUUACCUACGAGAAUCUUAGAAAUGAACUGGAGGUUUAUUAUUGGCCUGUAAUUGGACAGCUGAUGGGUCGAGGUCAGGUUUUUUAAUAAUCGGUUUACUAACUGCUAAUUUAAAAGAUUUUGGAACAUACCCAAUGCUGAGUGAGUAAUUAAUUAUUCUCAACAGAGGUUCUGUUAUUGCUGGUACUAUCUGUUUAAGAAAAUGUGUCGGUAAAGAAUCUAAAAUACAAGUUGAUGAAUUUGCAGAAGAGAUGAGUGAAAUUAGUUCAUUCUCUUCAAGGGGAGUAAAGUAUUCUAGGUUCUGAUUUGACAUAGUUAGUUUAAUAUCUGCAUCAAUUGCAUUGUCCAGUUUCAAAGCCUUAAUUUUAUGCUUGAUAUUUAAAAUUUUAUUAUUAAAAAAGUUCAUAAAGUCCUCACUAUUGUACGAUGUUGUCGUAGAGAUUUCUGAAGUGCUCUUAUUUCUAGUUAAUUUGGCUAAGGUAUUAAAUAAAAAUCUAGGAUUAUUUUUGUUAUUUUCUAUAAGAGUGGAGAGAUACGUUGAUCUAGCUACACUAAGAGCUUUUCUAUAGUUCAGGAUGCUCUCCUUCCAUGCUAUUUGAAAUACUAACAAUUUAGUUUGACGCCAUUUACGUUCUAAUUUCCGAGCUGUCUGUUUUAAAGUACAUGUAUGGUCGUUAUACCAGGGAGCGAGUUUCUUAUCUCUAAUAAUUUUUCUUUUAACUAGAGCUACAUUAUCUAAUGUAUAACGGAACGUCGACUUAAAAUAUUCAGUCGCCUGAUCGAGUUCUGUGGGGUCAGACAGUAAUCCAAUCAAAGUUGUUAACUCUGGGAGAUUACUGAUAAAACUCUGUGUGGUAGUUGAUGUGAAUGUACGUUUAGUACAGUAGCGUGGUGCUGCGCAUACAUUAUCACUAUAACACACUUUAAUUGAAACAAGAUAGUGAUCUGAUAUAACUUCAGACAGUGGAGUUGUGAAUAAAUUUCGUAUGCUUAAUCCAAAAGAUAUUAUUAAAUCUAAAGUGUGACCUGCUUUAUGAGUGGGUCCUACUACACACUGAUUUACUAAGUCCAGUAUGGACAUAAAUGCUUUACGCGGAGGGUCUUAUGGAUUCUCAAAAUGAAUAUUAAAAUCUCCAGCAAUUAACGCUUCGUCUACAGAAACGACUAGGUUUGAGAGGAAAUUUGCAAAUUUACUAAGAAAUUCUGAAUACGCGUCUGGAGGUCUGUAAAUGAUGAUUAUCGGGAUCGACUGAGCUGACUUCAUAUUUGUAGCUACACUUAUGUUACUAUAGAGAACUUCAAAUGAAUUUAAUUUGUGUCCGUGUUUUUGUAUAAUAAUCGGAUUGUCACCGAUUAACUAGGCCUUUUCUAAAACUAUAAGCUAUACUACAAGAAAUAAGAGCAGCACCCUUCCGAGUGGGAUGGACACCAUCCCGCCCUAACAGGCCAGUUUUUUCCUCAAAGAUCUUUCAAUUGUCUAUGAAGCCCACAUUAUUAUUUGAGCACCACCUAGACAUCCAGCGGUUCAGCGACCAUAACCUGCUGUAAGCUAUGUCGCCACGUCUCAUUGGGAUGGGACCAGAGCAUAUUACGUCAUUGGACAUCGCCUUCGCUUGUUUAAACACCUCUGUAAAGUUAUUCUUACUAACCACUGACUGACGAAGGCGUAUUUCAUUAGCUCCAGCAUGUACCACUAUCUUAGAGAACCUGUGCUGUCCUAGAGCCCUAAGAUUACCUGCUAUGUCCGGUGUUUUGGCUCCCGGGAUACACCUAACCACUGUUGCUGGCGCCUCUAAAGGCCUGGCUAAUUUCACAUGUCUCAGUAUAGAGUCUCCUAAAACCAGAGCUCUUUCAGGUUUCUCAGUGGGUGCAUCACUGAGGAGAGCAAACCUGUUGGACAGGCUGAAGCGCAGAAGAGAUGUUCUACGAUGGGCUAGCGUUGGCUUUGACUGGACGAGUAUGCCGCCGAGUCAUCACCCACUCGCCCCACUGUGAAGGCUCUGAUUGCCGGAGUCGGGGGCUGGUUAUCUUCGCCUGCAGCACCCAGACUGUCCGCUACGGCAGUAACGCUGCUCUCGCGCUCUCUAACCCUCUCUAAAGUCUAAAUGUGCUCCUCUAACGCUGAUAUCUUCUCCUUCAGAGUGCUCACUAACACACCUAUCACAAAUAAAAUUACCACUAACAACGGAGGAAAAAUGUCUAAACAUCCUGCACUCUACACACUGAAUGAGCUACAGUGGUGUAAAAAACUAUUUGCCCCCUUUCUGAUUUCUUA